GUGUAUUAGAGCUGAACGCAUCUGAGGAGGCAGUCGAAAAAGUAAAAUAAAAGAAUUCCAUGGAAAUGCAAUCGCUGACUGCGUUGCUAAGCAUUUGCCUUUGCCUGACAUUUAGCUCGGGACUGGGCGAGGACAAUGCGCUGGUCCAGGGACCCAAUUAUGUGCCCAACUCCUGUAUGGUGCCAGAUAUGGGACUAGGCACCUUUAGAUAUCCAGGCCCCCAGAAGCAGCUCGAACUCAAAUUGGAAUUCCAGCCCCAAAGCCCGCAACUGUUGCAAAGCAGCGUCGGCAAUACUGAACGCUUGUUUGAAUACGGGAGCAAUCCGCUCAUUUGCUCGGCAGCGACUUACAAGGAUGUGAGCUACGAGAAGUCAAUGCCGAGUGGCGCAACGGUCAACGAGGAUGACUAUGAUGAUAAUGAUGAUGCGUCCGAUGAAGACAAUAAUAACGAUGAUGUUGACGAUGAUGGUGGAAAGAACUUUACAGCGCGUGUUAAAUGCCUUCUACGCACGCUUUACGAGAAUACUAGAUUAUUGUCAGAUGAUCUCAAGGCUCUGGAAUCGGGCCUCUUGCCAGGCAAGUCAUCUGCAUCACCCAAAAACCUUUACCAAGGCAAAAAAAAAUGUUCGAAAUCGAGCGGCAUAAGAGAACGUCCGAUUAAACUAGACAAUGCGAAGGCCCAAGAGAAUAACUACUUGAACGUGGUGGAUAACGAUGCGGAUGGCAUUGAUAAGGAUGAGUCCAAAUCAAAGAGUAUUCCGAACUUAAGCGACAGUUCCAGCGUGCAAAAGGCGAAGUUACAAGCCGAAGCUGAAACCAAAAAAGGAUUAAGCUUAUUGCAGCAACAACCGGACCUGAACGAGGCUCCUUUCAGCUAUGUUCAACUGCCAUUUGUGUUGCCUUCGACUCGCAUUAUUGUGCCUCCGCUGCUGCAGUUGCUUACCCGCCGCUCGGUUUUGCCCUGGUCAAUCAGGGGACCCAAUUUGAUUCAAAGCCGUCGCUAUCUGCACGCCCUAAACGAUCUGCGCCUGGCCCGGGCGGUACAGGCAGCCACCGUGGCUCGUUUCCGGCAACAGCAAAAUAAUGUUGAGCUACAGCAACACGUUGAGGAAUUCAAGGAGAAUCUCAGACGUCUAGUCUCAAAUCGAGCUGCCAUAGAACGGCGUGUAUCGGACUUACUCUCGGGCAUAACUCGUGACGUAGUCGCAGCUUGAAAUUGUGUUUCAGUUUCGAAUAUAACAUAAUAUAGUGAAAUAAAUUGGAGAAUUCAUGUUCGAUUUACUAGUUUCACAUAAAUCCUAACGUGCGAUUGUCUUUAAGC